GUACAUGAAAGGCCGGUUUGCUAUAUUGUGAAGACUCGAGCGACAAAGCGCAUGCCACUUUCUCGCUUUCGUAAACUUACAUCAUUGUUAAUAAUUAAUAUUCGUAUUAAAUUGCAUAUUUAGAAAAUUUUUUCCCAAAUUCCGUCAUAUCUGCCGUAAUUAUCUUAACUUAAAAACCAUGAAACCGCCUCAUUGGAACAAAAUUAGGCAUGUGUCUGUUUUCUGCAUCCCACAGCUCGAUAAUCACGAAAUAAAACCCGGCAAGAGUCUGAAAGUAAACAUUAGCGUUCCUAAUCUACGUCUUUUCGUGGGGAACAUACCAAAGUCAAAAGGCAAAGAGGAGAUCUUGGAGGAAUUUGGUAAAUUAACAGCUGGCCUGACAGAGGUGAUUAUCUACAGUUCACCAGAUGACAAAAAGAAGAAUAGAGGUUUUUGCUUUUUGGAAUACGAAUCUCACAAAGCAGCUUCCUUAGCCAAGCGAAGAUUAAGUACUGGACGUAUUAAAGUUUGGGGAUGUGAUAUUAUUGUUGAUUGGGCCGAUCCUCAAGAGGAACCAGACGAACAAACCAUGUCCAAAGUGCGUGUACUUUACGUACGAAAUUUGACGCAAGAUUGUUCUGAAGAAAAACUGAAGGAAAGCUUUGAACAAUAUGGCAAAAUUGAGCGAGUGAAAAAAAUCAAGGAUUAUGCAUUUAUACAUUUUGAAGAUAGAGAUAAUGCUGUUAAGGCAAUGAACGAAUUAAAUGGUAAGGAAAUGGGUGGAUCCCACAUAGAAGUUUCAUUGGCAAAACCACCAUCCGAUAAAAAGAAGAAGGAAGAGAUGUUGCGCGCCAGGGAAAGACGAAUGAUGCAAAUGUUACAAGGCAGAGGCGGUGGAUCUCCUUCUCAUCCGAGCAUGAUGGGAGGUCCAAUGCCAGUUCGUGGGCCCGCACAGGGACCUCGGGGUACUGGUGCAGGUAUGCGUGGACAGAUGGGACGAGGCGAUUAUGAUUAUGAUUACGACUAUUACGGUUAUGGGGAUUAUCGAGGUGGCUACAGUGAUCCCUAUUACGAUGACUAUUAUCGAUAUGAAGAUUACUAUUUCGAUUAUGCGCCGCCUCCGCCGCCUGCCAGAGGGAGAGGCAGGCAGCCUCAACCGGCUGGUCGUGGCCGUGGAGUAGUGCCACGUGGCCGAAUCGGUGGCCCGCAAGCCCGUGGGCCAGUCAGGGGGGGACGCAACCCCGCAGCUUCAGGGGCCCGUGGGGUCCAGCGGCUGGCCGCUCGUGGGGGGGUCCGCGCCAAGGGAAGUUUACCAGGUGAGGAUGCAGGUAAACGAAAAUUUGACGGGGGUCACCAGAACCAGGGGGAAUCUAAGCGUCGCUUCCAGAGCAAUUGGGGAAACCAGCCCCUUGCCCAACAACCACUGGGCAAUGCAUAUGGAUUGGCGAGUGUAAAUGGUGGCAGUGGUGGUGGUGGCGGUGACAUAGCUUUCGGAAGUAGAGCCGGCACACUCGGCGGUGUUUCCGGCGACGAUCACGAAUGGUAUCAAGACUCUUACCAGUCGUGGAGCUAACUUCUGCAAUCCUGUGAGUGAUAAAAAAAUAUGCACGAACAAAUGCAUGAUAAACGAAGUGAGAAACAAAAAACAUAAAAUAUAAGGGAAAAAAAUAAAAUAAAAUCAGACUGACGAAACGUAGAGGGGGGGGGAGGGGGAACUCGAGAUGAAGGGAAGGAAAGAGAUCAUCCAUUUGUAUUAUUAUCGCUCUUAAUCGAAUUCAAAUAAUGUAAAUGUUUUUUCAUAUUAAUGAUACGCAGCAACUGUAUUCUGCGCCACCACCAUCGCCCACUGUUAUUGUGAUUAUGUACAGUGAUGUGCCACUGAGACUAAUUAUUAUAUCGGAGUGUGACCACCCACCCACCCCGUACUAUUAUUAUUAUUAUGAUACUAAUACUAAUCUAAGUACCACUACUGCAUUGUCACAUUGUUUACUGCCAAGUGAUGAAGAUCAGCGAUGUUGACAUAGGGAUUGUGAUGGCUUGUAUUAGUUAAGAGAACUCAUGGAAGCCUGCGGUUUAUUACGCGAUGACUAGAUGUUUUGAAUCUAUGUGACGAAGCAUGUGUGUUAGAUAGGACGAAAUAAAUAGGGAGAAAAACGGAGAAGUUACAAACGAAAGAUAGAAAUUGAAAAGAUGGAAGUUCAACUUUGAAGAAAUAGAAAAUGUAGGUAUAGACAAGCAGAAAACGCAGGGCGAGAAUGCGAUAUUUAGUAAAUAUGCGAGAGAGAGAGAGAGAGAGAGAGAGAGAGAGAGAGAGAGAGAGAGAGAGAAAUUGUUUUUAAACGGAAUGUGUCUGUGUGUGUGUAUUUGUGCGUGGAGCGCGCCAAAGCGUGCCACAAGACCUUCUAUUGUUGGUCUAUAAAUGUGUACAGUGAAACUAUUAUUAUUAAGAGUCACACAGGCAAAGUUUUGUGAAAGUAGAGAGUAUGAAACGAGUUGCAACGGUUCUGCGAAUGUCUCCUAAAUUAGGUUUUGGUUACAGUCAUGCCAGGGUUCUAUUGGAUAAGAAAAAGGAAAAUGGAAAAAAAGAGUAUUGCUCACAAUCGAGAGAAAACCCACUUGUACAGUAAAUUUUUCAAUGACAGUAUCCAAGUAGCAAGGCAAACUCGGAUCUAAAUUAUAAU